AUGGCUAAGAACACCCAUACCUGGGGGCUGAAGGUCAGCCAGAGGCAAGGGGAGCAGACGGUGGUGGAACUGAGAGGGCACCAAGGACAAGCUCUCCGGGCUGACCCCGAUGGCUCCGUCCGGUGUGCUCAGCCCGUGCCCGAAGAGCGGGGGCACUUCCUCCUGGAAGUGCACCCGAGUGGGGCGUGGACCCUCCGGCAGUUCCAGAGCGGGAAGUACUUGGAGUCUGACGGAGAAGAUGUCUUCUGCAUCAGCCGGGCCCUGACACCCUACCACAUGUGGAUGCCUCAGCUGGCCAUGCACGCCCACGUGGUCGUGUUCAGCCCCCGCCUGCAACUCUACGCACGAGCCGAUCCAGAGCUGAACCGGGUCUGGGUCGACACACAGGUGCCUUACCUGGAGGAGUGCAGCUUCAUCCUGAGGUUCAGGGGUGGGGUCUAUCACUUGGAGACUUCCCACCACGAGUUUGUUUCUAGGUCAGAGAAGCUUGUCAAGAAGCCAUCUGCAGAGACUGCUAAGCCGGUGUGCCGGCCAUUCAGGACAGACCGGGAGGGACGUGUCCUGUAUCCGCACGGAAGUCGUGGGCUCCUGCGCCUCGGAGACAACCCCGAUGAUAAUGAAGAGUGGUUUGUUAUUAGGAGGUGCCCACAAUGGGUCAGUCUGAGGACUAGAACCAAGAGAUACGUGACUGUCGUAUGCGACUCAGAGGUGUACGCUGGGUCCAAGAAGGUGACCCCGAUGUCCAUCUUCCACUUGGAAGUGAACCCGGACUCCAGAACUGUGCAGUUAAAAGGCACCAACCACAGAUACCUGGCUCAGAGGGAAAGCACAAGCGUGGUGGCCAAUGGCGACUGCAGAGAGCCCGAGACCUGCUUCCAUGUUCUGUGGCAUUAUGGGAAAAUCUUCCUGAGAGCUUUCAGUGGCUGCUACCUGGGCAUGCUUCCAGUCGGGCUGGUGGUAGCCAGAGCCGUGCACCCAGGGCCCAGCGAGGAGUUUGAGCUGCGCCUGGCCAACCGCUCCUUUCUGCUGCUGCGCGGCCGAUACGGCUAUGUGGGGAGUGCCCCUGGCCACGAGGUCCUGCAGUGCAACCUCCUGGAGCCCGACUGCAUCGAGCUGCUGCCCUGCAAGCACAGCAUCUACCACCUCCAGAGUAAGGGGGGGAGCUUUUGGUCUCUGACUUCAGAGAAGACCUUCAAGACUUGGGGGAAGUUUGCCUUGAAUUUCUGCUUGGAGAUCCGCGGGAACAACCUUCUGGCUAUCCUGGCCCCCAAUGGGUACUAUCUGCGGGGGGACCGGGAAGGCGCUCUCAUGGCCGACGCCGAGGAAGUGACCGGCGAGUCUCUCUGGGAGUUCUAGAUGGAGGAAGGAGAUGGGGCGGGAAGCCGUUGUUGCCUCUGCCCCACAUUCCAGUGAGACGAGGAGGGCGGGCCCCCCACCCCGGGAGGAGACGGCCAAGGGAUCUGCCCAGCUCCCGUAGUAGCCAUUAUAGACCUGCCUUGACCCAGCCUCUAUGUUGGUGAACACGGAGGAGCUUGCUUCCAAACCACGGGGUGUUAAAAAUGUGCUGUGUAUAUAUGUUUUUUAAUCUACGGCAAUUCUAAGGCUGCUGUUCAACAUGCAAAGCGGUGUAUUAAAAAAAAAAAAGCAGACUUUUAAAAGCCCUCCUGAGUUGAAGGUUGAGUUCCGUCCUCUUGCGUGGAGGUCGCGCCUGCCUCCCCGGAGCAAGCAGCACGCCUUGCAAGGCCGGCUCCUGGGUCAGGGCUUCCUCAGACCCGGUCCUCCAGGCAGCGGUCCAGGCCGGUGGGCUUUUGGCUCCUGUUUGUCUCCCGCGCACAAAAUGAUGGGACACGGGGGGGGGGGAUCCAAUAAAGUCGAGGGGCAGUCGAUUCUGGAAGGACAGGAGAUACUUCUUUACACAGAGUGUGCUCAAAAUAUGGGAUUCACUGCCAGAGGAUGUAGUGAUGGCCACAGGAAGAAAUAACUUUGAAAGGAGGCUAUGUCUAUCCGUGGCUCCUAGCCGUGGUCCUGCACUGGGCAGGGGGUUGGACUAGAUGGCCUGUGUGGCCCCUUCUUCCCACUCUCUGUGAUUCCACGGUGACUGAGGGGGGCCUCCACGUUCAGGGGCACUCAGCCUCUGCAUCCCAGAGCCAGGAGGCAGCCUCGGGGCCAGUCUGCUUCUGUGUCUUCAGACCAUGGGAUUCUGUUAGGCUGGAAAAGGUGUUCCCCAUGAUGUUUGCACUCCAGAGCUUCAUGUGAACUGCGGACCAGUUUUCAGCCUCGGGGCUUGGCUGGUUUAGAUUCUGGAGGCGUUCCUCCGAAAGGCCUUCUUGCCACACCGCAUUUGGCUGGCUCACUCAUCAGGCACGGUGGGGGGGGGUUCCAGAUGUCUCUUCCCGCCAUGAUUA